CGGGAGUUGCCAAUAGAUCCGGGCGCAUGUUCUGUUAAACAAGCGUUUCAACUAGUCGCUAAUGUUAUCGGCCCGCUAGGUGCACUUUCGAACAGUUCGCUGCUGGCUCGCCAACUUCGAAUAAAGUAAUGGCGGUUUCCUUUCAACACGUGGCAAUACUCUCGGCACUGGUCUUCGCUUGCUGCUUAGUCGCUCGAGCCAGGAUCCUGGAUGAAAAUUCGGAAAAAUUCGCCAAGUUCGUCAACGAUAAAGAGGGCACUUUUAUAUCCGAGAAAUUCACUCCCAACAUCGAGCUCGAUAAAACGUUUAGUAGGUAUCCGAGGAAAAUGAUGAGACCCAGGGCGACGAGGGUGGGGGACAAUUUGGAACUUUUCACCGCCAGGGGAUACGGGAAAAGGUCUGGAUGCUCGAGCACGUGGUGCAAGAACAAAAUGGAACUCUUCGGCGCCAGAAGGUACGGAAAGAGGGAUCCGAAGGUCGAUAGCGUUUUAUGCAUGCUGGCAAACUGCAACGAUCGUCUAAAGGCAAUCAGCAUUGACAAUUUUUCGAGCAUGAUGGAGAGGAGAGACGACGAAAGGGCGGACCAAAGGGCCUUCGAUGAAGAGUGACCGCCAUCCGUUUUCCAAAAUUUGAUCUUGUGGUCCAGAACGUUCUACACAUAUAUCUAAAGACAAAAUAUAUAAUAAAAUAGAUAUAACAUUUUCGAGGUCGUCAUGCUUCGUGAUUUUCCUUCUGUAUAAAGUAAUAAUUUUCCCGGAAAAGCGGCUGAUUUUUUUGUGCCAAUAAAAAAAAGUUUUGU